UAUUUUGCUUAAAUUUACUACAGUUCUCUCCUUUUCGACGGGUUGUAACUCUCUCUCUCGUGCUGUUGCCCUCUGUUCUUGCGAAAACUUCGCCUUCCGGCAAUAAGAUGAGAUUGACCUUUUGUUCAUCAUGCUUGUAGGCUGCCUAUAAUGGAGUCUGAUACCACGCCCCUUUCUGCACCCGAGGUGCCAGCCGAAACUGUCAAGACUGAUGACAACGCUACCACUUUGCCUCCCACGCCCGUUGAUGGCUCGCCGUCCCGAGAUGCACUAAGGCCGUCCGACACUGAUUCUAACGACAAUGCAGAAGCAAAAGUAGAGGAGCUUACUGCCACUCUCCCGCCAGAACAACCCUCUCCCACGAUAGCAUCCGCUGAGCCUUCAGACCCUUUGAACAACAUCACCGUAACAACUCCCUCUGAACCUAAAGCUGAGCGUGCUGAACCUGAACUUUCCGCAUGUUCUGUUCCUCCCGUUACCUCUACUCCCACCUCAUCACCUAGCUUGAAACCUCACGAGGGGGAUUGCACCCCUCCAGAAAACAAAGAUGAGAGAUCAGCUGAAGGCCACUCUGUGGCCGAAUCUGUCUCAUCGGCUACCACUGUCGCAGCUACCACCAUUGGGGUCACUGAGGACAAGCGGUCGCCGACGGUAAAUGGUACGGCAGGGACGACGCCUACAUCGUCGCCUUCCAGAGCGGAGGUAAUCAACACUUCAUCAGAAGGGAAACAGCUUGUUGUCGACCCACCCCACCCCCACCUCCACCACCUCGAAAGUCAGCGACCCCGGCCUCACUGAAAAAUGAGCCUGCUGUGUCCACUCAAGACCAGAAAGUUGCCGCGGUUUUGGAAAUUAACGCGGAACUGUUGAAGUACGCAUCUUAACUUAUCAUCG